CAGUCAUUUACCAGAGGUCUGUAUACUAGCGAGAAACUACUUAUACACAGUAUACUUAUUAUCUUUGAGAUAACAACAACAACAAGAUGAAACUCACUUUGGUCAAUGUGAUUUACAUUUUUACCUUAGUCGUCAUGAUCGCGAUCCAAUUACAAGCUCUUCAGACUAAUGCCGAAGAUCAGCAUGACAAUACAGAUCUUAAGAAAAGAGCUUACCAUUUCUUUCGAUUAAGAAGAUCAGCGAAGUGUUUAAGUAUGCCAACUCAUCUUAAAGAAAUGAUUACCGAGAAUCCUUAUAUUCUAUGUCCAGAAGAUCGAGAAUUCCUUGGAUUGUAAUAUGAAGUAUCAUUUAGAAGUACCAAACAGUUCUAAAGAUAAAUCAGUGAUUCACUAUAAAUAGCUGACUUAAUUUUGAAAAAUUGAAAUUCGGGAACAAUUCUCUCUAUAACAUUAUAAUAAUGACAGCUUCUUUAGGUUUGAUAGCCAUCAGCUGAGGGAAACACUUUUCUUUACUCUUCUCCUACAUAUAUUAGAAAUUCAUCUUAUACCUUGACUAAAGUAUAUGUUUUAAAAAUUAAAGAUUGUAUUCACUUGUUUUCUUUUUUUUCUUCUUAUGUUUAUUCUUCUCUUCUUGUGUUCCGAAUUUUGAUUUAAGUUAACAAAAUAUUGCAUUAGUAAAUAAAAAGUUCAAAAUAAUUU